GUGACUUUAAUUUGCCUCCCUUUUUUUCUAACUACUACCUUUAUUUUUCGUACUAUAUAACAACUCAACUACAUAGCACGAAAAUAAUCAAGUAAAAAUUAAAAAAUGGCACAUACUAGUAACACGAUAUCGUUAUGUCUCCUUAUAGUUCAAUUAUUUUUCAUGUUACCUGCUAAAACAAACGCGAAAAUUCCAGCGAUAAUUGUAUUUGGCGAUUCAUCAGUCGAUUCAGGCAAUAACAACCACAUUCAGACGAUCGCUCGGAGCAAUUUUAUGCCGUACGGACGGGAUUUUGCGGGGGGUCGACCGACAGGUCGAUUUUCUAACGGGAGAAUUACGACUGAUUUUAUUUCGGAGGCAGCUGGUUUGAAACAAAUUGUUCCAGCAUAUUUGGAUCCAGCUUAUAAUAUGUCUGAUUUUGCUGUUGGAGUUAGUUUUGCUUCUGCUGGAACUGGAUAUGAUAAUGCUACUGCUGAUGUUCUGGGUGUGAUACCCUUGUGGAAACAAGUGGAGUACUACAAAGAAUACCAAAAGAAACUAAGAGCUUAUCUUGGUGAUACAAAGGCAAAUGAAGUCAUAAGUGAGGCAUUAUAUGCCACAAGCCUUGGAACAAAUGACUUCCUUGAAAACUACUACACAAUGCCUCAAAGGAGAUCUCAAUACACUAUUGAUCAAUUCCAAACUUUCCUAGUUGGUAUUGCCAAGAAUUUCGUCACAAAUUUAUACAAUCUUGGAGCAAGAAAGAUAUCACUUGGUGGACUUCCACCAAUGGGAUGUAUGCCAUUAGAAAGAACAAGAAAUAUGGGAAAUGGGAAUGAAUGUAUGGAAAGUUACAAUCUUGUGGCUGUGAAUUUCAAUGAAAAAUUGAAUGGAUUGGUUAUGGAGUUGAAUAAAGAGCUACCUUAUAUUCAAGUUGUUCUCUCUAAUCCUUAUGAACCUAUGCUACAAAUGAUCAAAAAUCCUUCCUCAUAUGGGUUUGAGGUUGCUUCAAUAGCAUGUUGCGCGACAGGACUAUUUGAGAUGGGUUACGCAUGUGAUCGAUUCAAUCUUUUCACAUGUAAAGACGCAAAUAAAUAUAUAUUUUGGGAUGCAUUUCAUCCAACGGAGAGAACCGAUCGUAUCAUAGCUGAUCAUGUGGUUAAAACAGCUUUAUCCAAGUUUUUAGCAUGAUUAGUAUUUACUAUAAGAUUGAGAUAAAUAUGUAUUAAUUUGUAUGCUUUGGGUAUUUCAUAAUGUCAUGUAUAAUUAGUAGAGUGUGUAAUUACGUGUAUAAAUUCUUAGAUGAUCGAUGGAGAAAAAUGUCUAAGAGAAGGAUCGUGCUUGAAAGGAAUAGACAGACGUUCAUAGAUUUAAUUAAUAGUGAACGGUAGACGUGGAUUUCUAGUUACGUAAACUGGAAGGUGUUGUGUGACUUUCUUUCAUCCCUCGUAGGAAGAAGGAUGUAUGUAGUGAGAAAAUGAGUGCUUUUUGGGUGCUAAUAAAAUUACCUUUUUUCUUGAAA